AUGUCAUCUGAAAUAUCAUCAAAGCCCCAACGGUAUCUUUACACUGGUGCCAGUUUUCAUAUGAGUGGUGAAAGGCAUUUGAUGACACGUCCAAAGUCAUUCAAGGGGAACCUUAAAGUGAGCAUGGCUGAUGGAGGUCAGAGACAGGUUAAGAAGAUAGGGGAUAUCCUCCUAGAAUCAGAAGUUGGAGAUGUCAUGGUCUGUGAUGUGCAUUGGAUCCUGAAUCUCACUGUCAACCUGUUGUCAUUUGUGAAGCUAAAAGAUCAAGGCUUCAGAUUUGAACUUUCCUCAUCCACCCCAUCAUAUUUCAUCAUUCAUGCUCCAAAAGGUGCCAUAUUUAAUGCAAUUCGUACACCACAAAACUCCAUCUAUAAGAUUGUUGAACAAGAUUUGAAAAAUGAUGUCCACCAUGCGUCCAAAGUGGUCAAUCAUAUCACCCAAUUCCAUGAUUAUGGAGACGCGAUGGCGACAGUCAAUGAAUCUAGUGUUCAAUUUAACAAACCAACUGGAUUCCCACAGAAAAAAUGGCGGCGGACAGGAACGGCCUUUACGCACAGCAGUGUUUAA